CGCCGCCCGCGCCCGCGGCGCUGAAGCGGCCCUGCGCCGCGAAGAGCGCGCCGCCGGCCCCCGGGGCGCGGAAGAGCAGGAGGGUGGCCGCCCACCACGCGGCCUCCCCCGCCUCCGACGCCGCCCUCACCACAGCGCCAGCCGACGCCCACGCCGAGGGGAUGACCGAGGAGGAGCAGAACGAGCUCGCCAACACGGUCCUGGCCCGCCUGCGCCGCAGCUGCAGCGCGACAGAAGAGCAGCAGCUGGAGGAGCUGGCCGGAUUCGUGGUGACCAUGGUGGAGCACGGCCAGCCACCGCACGAGAUGGCCGAGGAGCUCGGUUCCUUGCUGGGCGACGAGGUGGGGCCCUUCCUCGGCUGGCUCGACAUGGAGAAGGCCCGCCUGGUGGGCAGAGCGUCCUCGCAGGGCCCACCGCGCCUCCGGGCGAAGCUCACCACCAACGACGUCACGGCCUCCCUGGACCGGACCAACGCCGCCACGGCUGGCACUGACAUGAACGGCGCCUCGGCCGCCCACGAGCCCGACGACCCCCAGUCGCUCGUGGUUGUCACGCAGCGGCUCGUUCUGCAGCCGAACGCCGGGCAGGCGGGCACGGCACGUCUCACAGAGCUGCGGGACUUCUGCUCCACGCCUGCGCCAGUCCUCGCCGACGUCGAAGCGGAGGCAGACUCCGUCGAGGGGUGCGCCGCAGACGUCGGCGCAUCGGCGGUGCAGGCGCGCCGACCGCCUCGCGACAGCCCGUGGCUCGCCGCGCCGCCUGGCCCGCAGCGCCCGCGCAGCCCAUCGAUGGCGCAGCUAGGCAGUGGGGGCAUCGAAUUAAAGGGUGUCCACGUGGCGCUGAACCCUCUGGGGCUCGUGCCAGUAGCGCUGAACCCUUCGGGGCUCAUGCUCGGAACGCAUUCGGCGCUGAACCUUCCGGGGUUCGUGCCAGCGCUGAGCCCUUCGGGGCUCGUGCUACAUGUGUUCGGGGCGCUGAACCUUCCUGGGCUCGUGCUCGGAACGCAUUCGUCGCUGAACCCUCCGGGGCUCGUGCCAGUAGCGCUGAAACCUGCGGGGCUCGUGCUGCAUGUGUCCGGGGCGCUGAACCCUCCAGGGCUCGUGCUCGGAACGAAUUCGGCGCUGCACCCCCUGGGGCUCAUGCCAGUAGCGCUAAACCCUUCGGGGCUCGUGCUACAUGUGUUCGGAGCGCUGAACCCUCCGGGCUCGUGCUCGGAACGCAUUCGGCGCUGA